AAAAAAGAAAGAAGAAGGGAAAAAAAAAAAAAACUUGAUUUACAUAUGAUUUAAUCUUCAAACACAGAUAAAAGAUCAAUAUAAAACACAACAUUUAUUGCCAAGUUUUGUAAAGGAGAUGUGUAUAUCCAAAGUCGUUAAAUUAUUUCCUUACAUGUCAUGAACUUAGAUUAUAAUAUUAAUAAAUAAAUACACGUAUAUAACAUGAAUAAAUUGAUGUUACUCUUUAACAAAUCAUGAUAUGUUCCUUUUUCAAAAUUGGCUUGGUCCUCCACCAUUUGUUUGAACUUAACUUGCUUAAAUCUUGAUAUGAAAUUCUCUUGUAGCGAGGAAGUUUGCUAAAGAAAAAGCCUAAUUCAACAUUUAAAAAGGAAUCUAAUGUACACUUCCAUACGAACUUCUGCAGUCUCAAAUGAAAAUAUAGGCUCCUCUUAAAACCUUUCCAACUUUGAAAGUGUUCAUAUAUGGCAAGAGUGCUCAUGAUAGAAUUAUGUUGUACAAAAUAUGAAUGCAAAAGAAAAGACAAGUUGAAAAGCAAAGAAAGAUUUACAUUCCACAACCAUAAAAAGAAAAAAGAAAAUCAUUGUUGGAAUUAUCAUUCAUGACCAGGUACGCACGUGAGAAGAGCACAAAAUAAUGUUUAAUAGAACAAUAAAAAAAGAAAAAAAACGAAAAUUCCUUUCUCCAUUGGGAAGUUCACUGCCUCUCUCUCUCUCCGUCCCUGUUAACUUGCCUGGAAAAUUUAAUAACAGAAAAACCGAUGCAGCCUCCACACUUCACUCACUGUCAAAACCAAAUGGUGUGAAAUGGCAGUGGCUUCCAAUUCCCCAACCCAGAAGAAGCGUUACACUGUCACCGCUCUUGUCUUCAUCACCCUCUUUCUCUUCACCAUCUUCCUCUUCAGCAAACGAGCUCUUGAGCCUUCUCUCUCUCUCUACAAAAAUCCCUUUCCCCAAAUCCCCUCUUCUUCUUCUUCUUCCUCGCUUCCAAAUUCCAACCUCUCCCUGCCCAACUCCACAUCUACAGAAAGAGUAGCAGUGGACCCACCUUCUUCUUCAGGCAGUAAUUACCAACUGCCCUUGCUCCAUUCUAUCUCUGCACAGCCAUUGGACCCACCAACCCAACAACCCGUUUCAUCCAAUUCACAAACUGAAGAGCCAACGGAGUUCAAUGAUGAAACUGAGCAAGACCCAGGUCGUGAAAAUGAAACCCCAUUUGGUGAAAUGGGUGAAACUGGGUGUGAUUUGUAUCUGGGGACUUGGGUGAAGGAUGAGCAUUACCCGCUUUAUAAACCCAGUUCUUGCCCUUAUGUUGAUGAAGCUUUUGAUUGCCAAAGCAAUGGGAGGAGUGACUCUGAGUAUCUCAAAUGGCGGUGGAAGCCUGAGGGAUGUGAUCUUCCAAGGUUUAAUGCAACAGACUUCUUGGUGAGACUACGUGGUAAAAGAUUGAUGCUGGUAGGAGAUUCCAUGAACCGGAACCAGUUCGAGUCAAUCCUUUGCCUCCUCCGCGAAGGCUUGCAUAAUAAGAGCAGAAUGCAUGAAAUUCACGGCCACAAAAUAACUAAGGGGAGAGGCUACUAUGUUUUUAAAUUCGAGGACUAUGACUGUACAGUGGAAUUUGUGAGGUCACAUUUCCUCGUAAAGGAAGGAGUCCGCCUUAAUGGUCAAGGGAGUUCAAAUCCAACUCUUUCGAUAGAUCAAAUUGAUAAGACAGCUAAACGUUGGAAAAGAGCUGACAUUCUUGUCUUUAAUACUGGCCAUUGGUGGACUCAUGGAAAGACUGCUCGUGGGAAAAACUACUAUAAAGAGGGAGAUUAUCUUUAUCCAAAGUUUGAUGCAUCGGAGGCCUAUAGAAGGGCUCUGAGGACCUGGGCUAGCUGGAUUGAUCGUAAUGUUAAUCCAUCAAAGCAGUUGAUCUUCUAUCGUGGGUACUCUUCUGCCCAUUUCAGAGGAGGAGAUUGGGAUUCAGGUGGAUCAUGCAAUGGGGAAAAAGAACCAGUCUUAAGUGGGGCCAUACUUGAUAACUAUCCUUUGAAAAUGAAGAUAGUGGAUGAAGUAAUCAAAGAAAUGCGGGUUCCUGUGAAACUUUUGAAUGUGACAAGGUUGACCAAUUUCCGCAAGGAUGGCCAUCCAUCAAUCUACGGAAAGAAUGCAACUGCUGGCAAAAAAGUUUCCACAAGGAAGCAAGACUGUAGCCAUUGGUGCCUUCCUGGGGUCCCUGAUGCCUGGAAUGAGCUUAUCUAUGCCACCUUGGUUAUUCAGCAGACCAAGUCAAAGAGUAAAAAUUCAUAGCCCUUUCCCAGUUUACCACUGAGCAUUUACUAAUGACAAUAUGGACAUAAGAUAUCUGAAUUCUCUUUACAUGACCAAGAAGCUGUCAAACCUCUUGGCGGAACUCACCCGUACAAAACCGGCUUAUAAGAAAAGGGUGUCCGGGUGUUUAUGGAUGAGAGAUUAUGUUAACACUCUGUUGGGCGCUCGGUUUUAGGCCAACCCAUGUCUAAGAUACACCUGCUCUGCUCUGGCACCGUGUUAAACUUGUAAGAAGUAUCAUUAUCGAUAAUCCGCAUACAAGGAAAGAGUGCUCAUGGUGAGAUUGUGCUAACAAAAGCUUGUGAUCAUCUUAAGUCGUGCACCUUUUUAUUUUCUAUUUAUUAUUUUUUGGUUCACUUUUAUUUUUCCGUUUAUUUCGGGUCAAAGAAUAGAUGCCCCAUAAUGAGUAAUUUUGUAAUGAUUGCCAAUGAGUUAAGGUAUUUCUAGGUCUUCAUUCUUCA